CUGAAGCUGAGAGGGCGGGAGUGAGCUCGGCAGGCAGGGCCAUCUGAUAUAAGGGGCUGCUGGCUCGCAAGGGGCCUUCCAGUCGCUGCCUCCACUGCUCUGUACUGGGGUCAUGGGCCUCUCCCUGCUCUGCGUGCUGCUGGUCUUUGCUGGUGUGGCUCCAGCUGAGGGCGACAUGCUGGACCUGAACAAGAUGGUCAGACAAGUGACGGGGAAGACCCCCAUCUUCUUCUAUUCGUCCUAUGGCUGCUACUGUGGAAUUGGUGGUCAAGGCCAACCCAGAGAUGCCACAGACUGGUGCUGCCACGAACACGACUGCUGCUACCGUCACCUCAAAUCUGACAAAUGUGACAUCGUCUUCAACCACUACCACUACACUUUUUUCCGGGGGAACGUCCAGUGUUCCACCAAGGGGAGCUGGUGUCAGCAGCAGCUGUGCGCCUGUGACAAGACGUUGGCUUUCUGCCUCCAGCGGAACCUGAACACCUACAAGAGUCACCUGCGUUAUCUGUCCAGAUGCAAGGGCGAGACCCCCAAAUGCCACACCCUCUAGCCUGUCCCCCUGCAUCUUGAGCCCUGAGGAAGACCCCCAGGACCACUGGACACAGCCACGACCCAGCCUGGUGCCUUUAAAACACUCCUGGGAAGAGGAAGGGACUUGGCCUCGCCCCUAGCUCCCACUUGCCUCUUGGACCUUCUGAAUCUCCCCAGCUGUCUCCUCUGAGGGUGGAUUGAGAUCUUAGGAAAAACCAAGGCCAGGGAGCUGCCGGGGGAGUGUGUGUUUGGGGCAAAGCAGUGGGCAUGGGUGGCAGGGUCUGGGGGCGGGGUGGGGCAGGAUCUUCCGUCAUGACCACUCACCAGGACCCUCCAGGCUCUCCCUGCCCCUGAAACACCAUCCAAGCAGCUGCCAGAGUGGCCUCUGUAAAAGGCAAUACGGAUCUUUCUGUCAACGGGACUCUGCUUGUUCAAACCCCAAGGCCCUAAGUCCUGCCUCCCACUCCAUCUCACCCCUCCAGUCAUCACAGGACACACGCGUACCUAUGGCUGAUUCACGCUGAUGUGUGGCAGAAACCAACGCAAUAUCAUGAAGCAAUUAUCCUC